CCCACAGUCCAUUGCCUGCCAGGGGCCAAGAGCUGCUCUGACCACCCAAGGACUCUCCUUCUCAAUCCAAAUGCCUCCAACUAACCCCUGACUCCUGACCUCUGGCCCCAAGCUGCCUUGCCCUACCCUUCCUAAGGGACCAGGAAACCCCUAGAAGCUCCACUGUAGACGUGGGCGUUGACGCUGGUCUCACCUCAAGAGCAAAGGCUGUGCAAGGCGCUCAGUUCUCAGCCCCUAGCCUGGCCCACCAUGGCACAGCGGCUCCAGGAUGAGCUGUCUGCUUUCUUCUUUGAGUAUGACACUCCCCGAAUGGUGCUCGUGCGCAACAAGAAGGUGGGCGUCGUCUUCCGCCUGAUCCAGUUCGUGGUUCUGGUCUACGUCAUCGGGUGGGUGUUUGUCUACGAGAAAGGCUACCAGACCUCAAGUGGCCUCAUCAGCAGCGUGUCUGUGAAACUCAAGGGUCUGGCCGUGACACAGCUCCCAGGCCUGGGCCCCCAAGUCUGGGAUGUAGCUGACUACGUCUUCCCAGCCCAGGGGGACAGCUCCUUUGUGAUCAUGACGAAUUUCAUUGCAACCCCCCGGCAGGCUCAAGGCUACUGUGCAGAGCACCCGGAAGGGGGCAUAUGCACAAAUGACACUGGCUGCACCCCAGGGAAGGCAGAAAGGAAGGCCCAAGGUAUCCGCACAGGCAAGUGUGUGGCCUUCAAUGACACUGUGCAGACAUGUGAGAUCUUUGGCUGGUGUCCCGUGGAGGUGGACGACAACGUCCCACGCCCUGCCCUUCUCCAAGAAGCCGAGAACUUCACUCUCUUCAUCAAGAACAGCAUCAGCUUUCCACGCUUCAAGGUCAACAGGCGCAACCUGGUGGAAGAGGUGGAUGCGGCCUACAUGAGGACCUGCCUGUAUCACAAGGCCUUGCACCCACUGUGCCCCGUCUUCAAGCUUGGCUAUGUGGUACAAGAGUCAGGACAGAAUUUUAGCACCCUGGCUGAAAAGGGCGGCGUGGUAGGCAUCACCAUUGACUGGAACUGUGACCUGGACUGGCAGGUACAGCACUGCAAGCCCAUCUACGAGUUCCACGGACUGUAUGAGGAGAAAAACCUGUCUCCAGGCUUCAAUUUCAGGUUUGCCAGGCACUUCGUGGAAAACGGGACCAACCACCGGCACCUCUUCAAGGUGUUUGGGAUUCGCUUUGACAUUCUCGUGGAUGGCAAGGCUGGGAAGUUUGACAUCAUCCCCACAAUGACGACCAUCGGCUCUGGGAUUGGCAUCUUUGGAGUGGCCACGGUUCUCUGUGACCUGCUGCUGCUCCACAUCCUGCCCAAGAGGCACUACUACAAGCAGAAGAAGUUCAAGUAUGCGGAGGACAUGGGGCCAGGGGCGGGGGAGCAUGACCCCGCGGCCACCAGCUCCACCCUGGGCCUGCAGGACAACAUGAAGACAUCCUGACCCUCGGCCCCUGACUCCUAACCGGACACAGCAUGACACUUCAGGCGGGGGCCCUGGUGGGGUCCCAGCCAGGACACAGAGGUCUCCUCAGGAGCUCUCCAACCUCUUAGCCAGGCAGACACUAGGUUGCCUGCGGCUCAGCGUGGACACUGGGAGAGACCUGUGCAAUUCUGGGCUCUGGCCCCAACUCCGCAACCUCCAAGGGAGCUUCACCCAGCCUCAGCCACUCCUGGUCUAGAGCAGCUGGGGCUGGGCAAGGCUCCUCUCACACUCCUGUGUCAGAGAAGUGUGCUUCUCUCUCUGGGCCCUCACGCUACCCCACUGCCUCACGUCUCUAGAUCCAUGCUUUCCCAUAUGGCAGACACUAGCCAUGAUGACAAUUUAAAUUUAUAUUAACUUAAAUUGAAUAAAAUACAAAAUUCAGUUCCUAAAACUAGCCACAUCACAACUGCUAAAUAGACACAUGUGUCUAGUGGCUGCCAUAUUGAACCACAUAGAAUAUUGCAGAAAGUUCCAUUGGACGGCUCUGCAUAAGCCCCAUUUCUUACUGGCCCCAGAUUUUCCUAGGGAGCUUAUCGACAGUGCAGGCACCUGGGGCCACCUCAGACCUCCUCAACCAGAAUCUGUAGGGCUGGCCACAGAUCUGUAAGGAUGGAAAACUCCAGACCAUUUUCAGGAUAUAAGUUCAAGAAUUGCCUCUGAUUAGGUAUCAGAUUCAGCCUGGGCCUGCAUGGCCUCGCAGAUGCAGGUACUGAGCAGGUGUACGGUGUGUUUAUAAGCCACGUGGUGUCUCACGUACACACCCCCACACACAUACUCAUCCACAUGCACACCCCCUUCCCAUCCACACUCUGUUUUUGAACAGCUAGAGCCCUGCAAACACAACCAUGUAAACGUACCUAUGCCCUUGAGUACAGACACAUGGUCCAUGCCACAGCACCUCCAUGGGGAUAUGCUUCUCCCCAAGUAUGUCAGGCUGAGACCGUCCCUUCUAGCCAUGAAUCCUUACUCAGCUACCUCGGGUUGGGGUGGAGACCUGGCCAAAUCCUGGGCUUCCUACUCCUGUCCCAGCCUCAGCGCCUAAGGCCUGCCCAGUUCUGUUUGAACACAAGGUCUGGGGAAAGUGAGGGGCGGAGUACAAUAAAAGGAAUGAGGAC